GGUGACAAAUCGCGGGCUGGGGGAGUGGAUGGCCCUAUAGCAGAUCUUGUGGCCUCCCUCAACUCGUGGCCGGAUAUCUUCACCACCUCAUCUAUCAUACGGCUGUGCAUGACAGGGAGAGUGAGCGUCUUUGCGGAGCCGACAGAUGCCACGCGCGCAGCGGGUCAGAAAGGCGGAGAGUGGGUGUAUGUGACCCAUGGCCAUGCAGAUGCGGAGGAGAUUAUAUCCCGAGUGCUGUUAUGCUGCAGCAACGGUGCGCCCCGCCUGGCCCAGCCAGGCAGCUUAAAACGUGGAGCAGGAACUGAGGAAGGUGCACCGCUGGUAUUUCGCUUUGAGCCGUUCAUUCUGGCAGCGGAAGCGCGGACGGCGGACGACGCGCAGCGCCUGAUCAGGUGUGCCAGGGAGGCGGGAUAUCGGGAGUCUGGGGUCACGGGGGAUGAGUCAGCGCGAGUCAUCGCCGGCAUCCGCUGCUCCAUCCGGUUAGAGGUGCCAGUGACUGAUGGAGGACUGUUGCUGGUCUCCCCAGAGUAUCUGCGCCACCUCACAAAGCUGGCCAAUGAGAAAAUGGAGCUCAACUGGGCACGCAUUGAGCGCUUCCAUGCUCUCUUCAAACAGCGCUUCCUGGCCGAGAUAACAGCGCAGAACGGCUCUGGUGAGAAGGGAUCGUGGGCGCUUGUGGUGCCGAAGCAAGACGCCAAAAUAUUCAAGGACGCCCUCAAGCAGGCAGGUGGCCUGAACAGGCACCGCCGCAGCCUUGUCUGCGACGGAGGUGUCUCCGUCGCCCUCCCGGUCACCGACGCAUGCGCCGAGGGUCUACAUGCCUUCCCUGGCAAAGGGAGCAAAUCUGACAAGAAGGGUCAGGCGCUGAGAAUGGUGGCAGCAGCGGUGGCGGAGGGGCAAGUGAAGGUCUCUACAGACAAUGGUGUUGUUUCUAGUAAGGUCCUGGUAUCGUGCGAAUGCUAUCCUGUUGAAUGGCGAUUGCGUGCAGGUCUGUCAAGCGAGCGCACAGAGGACCUCAUGGCAGAGGUGCCGAGCAAAUGGGAACGCUUGGGAGACCUGGUGCUGCUGCCCGCUGACUCAUUCCGGGCACCUGAGUGGGCAGCUCAAGGCGAGGCCCUCUGGGCCGCGGUGAAUGCUGCAUUGGGGGCAGACCGGCUUGUUCGUCAGGCUCCCAUUGCCAACACAGGCACGCGUGACAGCCAGGCAGGACUGCUUCGGGGCGCUGAUGGAUGGACCCGGCAUCUGGAGAACGGCGUUGCCUUUUCCUUGGACGUAACCCGCUGCAUGUUCUCGUCCGGUAAUGUGACGGAGCGCGCGCGCAUGGGGCGGCUGCGCUGCGCGAGCGAGACUGUAGUCGACCUGUUUGCCGGCAUCGGUUAUUAUACCCUGCCGCUGCUGGUGCAUUCGCGCGCGGCAAAGGUAUUGGCGUGCGAGUGGAACCCGGCAGCCAUUGAAGCGCUUCAGCGCAAUCUGGCGUUCAACCGAUGCGCCGACCGCUGCGAGGUUCUGCAGGGCAACUGCCGCCAGCUGGCGCCCAAGGGAGUGGCGGACCGGGUGCUGUUGGGCCUGCUGCCGUCCAGCAGGGAGGGCUGGCCGGUCGCGCUGGCUGCUCUGAAGCCAUCUACAGGCGGAUGGCUGCACCUACACCACAACGUGAAGGACAGCGAGGAGGCUGCCUGGAUUGCCAGCACGCAGGCGGAGCUGGAGACGCUGUCCCGGGAGCUUGGCAGAAACUGGCGCGUUCUGAUUCGGCAUGUGGAGCGAGUCAAGUGGUAUGCACCACACAUGCGCCACCUGGUCCUGGACGUGGAGUGCCGGCCAGAUCAGGCAGCCGUCACAUCAGCCAUCAGUAACGGCGCUGACACAGACAUGACUACGCCGCUGACGACACGGCUGCCUGAGGUGGCAGAGUACCGGGGUAUGACAAGGGAGAGGUUUGUGGAGAUCAGCAGGGAGAAGCAGCCUGCAGUGCUCAAGGGACUGGACUUGGGGAUUGCUGUUGACGGGUGGACCGGCGCCUACCUCAAAUCCCUUCCCAGCAGCUCAACCACCCUUGUUAGCGUCCACGUCUGCCCUGACCCCACUGGCCGUCUGCAUUUUGUGCACAAGAAUUUUGAGUUCCGCACGAUGCCCCUCGCUGAGCUGGUGGGCAGGUGCGAGUCUGCAGAGGAGUACUAUCUGAGGAGCAUUGGCACAAACCCCAGGAAGGAGCCGUCAGACAUCGCCGCGGCCUUCCCAGACCUCGCUGCCGACCUGUCUCUGCCUCCGCUGUUCCCUCCUGAUCGCCUGUUCUCAUCAGUGCUGCGCAUCAGCUCAGGCAUGCAGCACUGUGGGCUGCGGCUGUGGACGCACUUUGAUGUAAUGGACAACCUACUGUGCCAGGUCAGGGGCACCAAACGCGUGAGAUUGUGGCCGCCACCAGAGGAGGCAAAGCUGUACAUGACCGGCUCGUCCUCAGAGGUCACCGACAUUGACCAGCCGGACCCAAAAAAGUACCCCUUAUUCAUCAGCGCAGUGCACUUCGACUGCAUGCUGCGUCCGGGAGAUGUGCUGUACAUUCCAGCACUCUGGCACCACAAUGUGCUGGCAGAGCAGGACAGCGGGAUGUCUGUGUCGGUGAAUGUGUUCUGGAGGGAUAUGGAGAGGGGAAUGUAUGCUGGGAAGGAUCUGUAUGGGAACCGAGACCCCCCGGCGGCCGACGCGGCGGCGGCUGCGGUGGAAGCUGCCGCGAAGGCGCUCGCCCAGCUGCCGCCCCACUACCGCAGCUUCUACGGGCAGCGGUGCGUGCGGCGGCUGGUUGAGAGCCUUGAGAAAGGCUUUGCUGAAUAG